UCCUAUCCGUUGACAUUGAACAGCCACAUAUAAAACUACGAAAAACCAGAGGUAAAGAUAGAAAGGAGGAUCCAGGCGGAAAUCUAAUGCAUAAACUCGCGAGCACCCACGUUAAAAUUUAGUUCAACACUCCCCAAAUCGAAAAUUGUGUAGUUUAGCCGACAAUUGAUCCCCGUACACAAAGAUGGUCAAACGUUAUAAAGGCUCUCGCUCGGUGGGGGCUAGCGAUGGUGUUAGUGCCAGCUCCAAGGACUCCGACCAGGUCUACUGCGUACUGCUUCAUGUGGUCGAGGCGAUUAACUUCGUGGGCCGCGAUGCCAUCGAACGGGAGCAAAUAGUGAUGAACGCCGCGCUGAACACAGUGGACUUCGAAGUGGAGGGCACCCAUUCGACUGAGAAGAUCAUCUUUAACAGCAACUGCAUCUGGGAGUGCGACAUGGCCGGGAUCAAGCGCAUUAAGACAGACCAUCGUCCUGUCAAGUUGACCUUCUAUGCCUGCCGAGGCGGCGGAGCGGAUCGGAAGACCGUGGGAAGCCUGCUCCUGCCCAUACGGGGACUCCCGGUGCUCAGUACCAGCGGCAGCCAGAACUCACCCCACCUAAAGAUGUUCUGGCAUAAGCUCAUCUGCAUCAGCAGCGAGUUCCGUUCCCAUAAGCCGGAGGUCCUGCUGAUGCUGGCCAUCAUCAAGAAGUCCAUUCUGCACACCAAGGACUUCGAUCACCUCAUGCAGUUCACCGAAGUAAAAUCGCCACCCACACCGCCAAUGCAGUCGCCAGGACACUCGAUAACUGCCAGCAUGCUUCAGUCCCAGGCCAACGUCUACGUACAGUCAUUGGUGCAACUGGGCCUGCUGCAGGUGGGCAAUGAUCCGCUGGUCGACUGCGACAUCAUUGAGGUGGUGCUGCAGCUGAAACAGCUAAAGAAUGUGUCCCGGCUGGUCAAGUCGCUCAACCAGGGAAGGGACCCCGGAUCGGUGAUCCUGGUGUUCGAUUUUGUGGGCAAUGUGACCAACAUCGAGCUGAAGCUGAACGAGUCCGACUCCUAUAUCCUCAACGAUGUCCUCGGGCUGCGCUUCAAGACAUCCCUGCGCAGCAUGCGGCUCUACUUCCAGCGCAUCUUCUACCUGCCCAUCAACAUGUACAUGAAUGGAACGGCGAUAGCCAACUACCGCAUGGACUUUACCAAUCUGCUGCCUCCGGACAACUACUUCUCCGACAAGCAAAAGUACACUACCAACGGCUCCUUUUCCUUCAACCGUUUUGGCAGAACGGACAGCGGUCGGGAACCCAAACCGCCCCUGAUGGAGUACACUUUUAGUGUGGAUGUCAAGACAAUAUACUCACACCAGGGUCAGGAGGCAGCGGAACCAACGCCUUCGGUAGCCAGCGGGGUUAUCAGGGAGCCAAAGGAUCGCAAGAAUCCAGCAGAAACAUCAUUGUCACUGAAAGCUGCUUCGGUGAACAGUCUGAAUGUGGGUGCCGAGCUGUCAGCCUCAGAAGGAUCCUACAGAUCCUCGCCUCCGGAGGACAAUCACGAAUCCGAUGGACUCGCGGAUCUACCAAAAGCUCAGAUUAGGCGGAAAAAAUCUACCAGAUUGAGUAGUGGGGAGUGUCUUCUGGAGAGCGAGGAUGAGCAGUAUCUGGGUCAGAGAUUCUCCGCGUCGGUAGUUCGUGAGGGUUUGAAUAUAGAUAAAAGUGAAGAGGCUCCAGUAUCAAAACCUAAGGAAAAUGAACACCUUUCAGGUGAAUCUGAAACUGACUCCGCUAGUAUAAAGUUUUCAAAAAAAGAAAUCAAAGAUCAGCGGAAGCCUACAAGAAAAUCUACUGCAGAGGAAUCUCCAAGACAUAAUACACCUCUGCCAGGCAAACCCAAGAUUAAGUGCCAUGGAUCUAAAGAGCUUAUUAGGGAUUCUUCUCAAUUAAAAACCAAACAACCAACAGAUCCUAGUCCGAUUUUAGAGGAACUAGAUCCAGAGAAUUUCGAAGAACUUACCUCGUUAGACUUGUUUGAGUUGGAAGAAAAGAGGCAAGCCAAAGAAGCCGAAUUGGAGUCCCUUCGUAGGCAAAAGAUAAAUGCUGAAUCUCCACUGCAAAUGCAAAUGGAUCGUAAAAUAAGGAAUACCAAAAUGACUGACAUUGAAGUGGAAGGAAGUAAUAAACAUGAAAAUACAACCGAUGAUGUCCUAUCAAAAUCUUCUAGUAAACUAAUCUCAGAGCAGAAAAAAAGCAAACAUCGUCUAAAAGCGGAAUCACAUACAGAACUAAACGUCGUUCCUUUAACCGAAGAAAGUCUUUCUGUAUUAAGAAAUCAGGCUCUUCAUAAAAAACAAGUGGAAAAAAUGAUCUUCAUAGAGGAAAGCUAUGAAAGAAGUGAGGAGGACCCUAGUUAUGGACACGAGCUUCCACAAAAACGAAAUUCCUAUAGGGAAAAACUAAGAAAGGAACCAAGAUCCCCAAGGACUGUAAAAUCUUUAGAUUGCAUGGACACAGAUUUAGAAACUGACUUAAGUUCCCUUAUUGUACGAAGCAAAGGUAAAACUACAUCGAAAUUGAUUACCGAGGAAUUGGAAGACUUUGAAAAAACGUCCACUAGUACCCAGGGCUCUAGAAGACCCAAAACAUCUAAGGGCGAUCUGAACCUUCGAGCCCGUUGGGUGGAGGUCAAUAAGGCGCAGAGCCAAGCCUUGGGUGAAACCGAAAAGUUUAUACAGGAGACGUGUCGCGCCGAGCUCGACGAGGUUCUUUACGAGGACCAGUUGGCGCUCGGCCUGGCAAAGCCUCUUAAGGCCAAAAAGAAAAUGGGUAAGCCCAAGGAAGUCAAAAGCAUCGAUUAUGAAAGCUCCUUUGUCGAGGAAGUUACUUACUGUGAGUCUGAAGGGGAUCUAGUCAAUAAUGCGGUGCACCAGGUGGAGGAAUAUCUCUCUAUGUCGGAAGGCAAUUCCAGAUCCGCUGAAUUUAUUUGUUCAGAAACGGAACACCGGGAUGUACAUGUUACCUUUGCUCAAUCUAAGGGGGUAAAGAAAAAGUUGAGAGCUUCGUCUGCCAAGGAUAACAUAAACCAGAUGGACUUUAGGAACCCCGAGGAGUAUGUCUCUAUGUCUGAGAGUAACUUAAAAAUCACUGCCCAAAAAGAGUGUGCGAAAAAAGUGAAGAACGUGGAACUUACCAGCUCCCAAGAAUUUCUUUCAAUUUCUGAGAGCAAUGUAAACUCCGAGGAGAUGAUAUAUCCAGAAAUUGGCCAACAGGAUGGACGAAUCCUUAAAAAGAAGAAUCUUAGGACGACUUUGGUGAAUGAAGAUCCCUCCCAUGAUUACGAAACAUUGGAAGAGGAAAGAGUUAAGCCGGUGAAAAAAAAGAUCAUCAGAAAAAAGUCAUCUGCUAUUUUAGAAGAUAAAGAUCCCCAGGACUGUGCUUACGAAACUCUGGAAGAGGCAUCAGUUAGGCCAGUGAAAAAGAAGAUAAUCAGGAAAAAGUCAUCGGUUAUAUUAGAAGAUAAAGGUCCAGUGGUCUAUGAUUACGAAACUCUGGAAGAGGAGUCUGUUAGGCCAGUGAAAAAAAAGAUAAUCAGGAAAAAGUCAACGGUUAUAUCGGAGAACAUUGAACAAACGGCUAUCCUACAUGCCACAGAGGAAGUGGCUCAUACUAAGCCUAAGAAAAUAGUUCGGAAGAAGGCAAAACCGGUGUGUGACAACACAUUGGUUGAUGAAUAUCCGAAAACUAAAAUAGUGGUCAAUUCUCGAAAGGAACCCAAGAAUUUAACCACUUCCGAAGAUGAUUUAAGCGUUGAACAGCCCUUAAAAGAAAUCAAUUCGAUAAGUCAGAAGGUCAAGUCGUGGCGAAGGCAACAAAUUGACAAUUUUGAGCAGGAGUUAGCCCGAAAGGAGUUGCAUUAUAAGAAGCAAUUGGAAGAGAUGGAGAACCAAGAGGCCAGAACACAUUUGGCGGCUAAUCUGGAUGAAACUUUUAUCAGCAAUAGAACAAUUGCGCCUAGUGUUGACUAUGAGGCCAAGUUCAAGGAACUGGAGGAGCACAUAGCCCUUUUAAAAACGGAGAUGGAGGCGCAGGUGAGGCUCUUUGAGAAUCGCAGUGGAGAGCUGCGACAGGAGAACCUUCAGCUUUACACCGAGAAGACGGAGCUUAAGGUCCGCGUCGCGGCCAUGGAGCAGCAGAUUGGCGACCUCAAAGCCCAGGGCUCCGACGAUGGAGAUCUCAAGCAGGUUCUUGGCGAACUAAGGACCCAGAAUUUACGGUGCAAUAAGCUUGCCAGCGAAAAGGAGCUCUACAGAAAGCGGUGGCGAAGAUCCCUCAAGCGAGUGCAUGCCCUCAAGUUGGCCAUGUACGAAAGCAAUUUGGAGAGGGUUCACAGCAACAUUAAAAUUGAACCCAUUGACCUGCGAAAGAUCCUGACCAAGGACCCCAUGGAAUUCGAGCGGGAGUAUGGACAGUUUCGCAGAAAUGGGCUGUCAAAAUUUCCCUUCACCUCGCUGUCGGGAUCCGGCGACUUUUCACCUCCUAACAAAAAGCGAAUGUCGAACAACGAGUCUUGAGGACACGAUACAUAUAAGAUGUUUUUCUAGGUUUCUGCCAAAUUAUCUGUGUCAAUUUUGUAUUUAGUUAACUUUAUUGAGUUUUGUUCGUUUUUUUUUUUUUAGAAAAAUAUACAUGCUAUAAAGCUAGA